CUGCUCCACACGAAGCAAAACACACACGCACAAUAAGAAUCACUGAACAACUCAGGAAGAUGGCAGGCCGAGUGGUUGUUGCUAAUGGGAACUUGAAUCCAAAUAAUACCAGGGGAAAGACCAUUACUUGCAAAGCUGCCGUGGCAUAUGGUCCUGGAGAACCCUUUGUGGUGGAACGUGUUCUUGUCCAUCCUCCUCAGAAAAUGGAGGUUCGAAUCAAGAUCCUCUUCACCACAAUCUGCCACACCGAUCUCACUGCUUGGCAAGGCCAGGGGCACCAAAGAGUGAGGUUUGACGCGCUUAUCCUCGGAUUUUCGGCCAUGAAGCUUCCGGGGUUGGGGAUUGGCUGUGCUAGUAGGGAUUCAUCUAUCACCAAAAAUGCUUCCCAUCCACCCAAUGGAGUUGUUCCAUGGUCGCAGAAUAGUAGGAUCAAAUUUUGGAGGCAUCAAAGGGAAGAGUCAAUUGCCACAUUUUGCAAAAGAAUGCAUGAAUGGAGUGGUGAAGUUAGAUGAUUUUAUCACUCACGAGCUUCCUUUCAAGGAGAUAAACAAGGCUUUUGAUCUUUUGACCACUGGGGAGUCACUGAGAUGUCUUCUACACUUUUGAAAAGUGUAUCCUUUUGAAGGUGUAGGGUUAUGAAGAUUGUCCCCAUUUUUCUUUUGAGUUCUUCUGUAUAUAAAAAAGAGUAUUUUAUUGAAGUGAAAAAAUUGGUAAUUCCAUAUUAUGACUUUUAAGGUUUUGAAUGAAGUCAUGUUCACUCUUGUGAUCUGAACAUUUGGCUAUUGAAUAUUUAGAGGUGAUGACUAGUGUGAGUUGGAUUUGAAUUUCUGGUUACA